AGAACUUCGGGCUGUUGGUUAAGAUCCCUCCCCGGCCGCGCCGCGCGCCCGUCAGCUGCUCUCGCUCAUUCGAUCUCGCGCGCUGAAGAUGGCGGAGCAGCGCGAGCGGCGGAGGAUGCGCUCACAAAACAUCAAAGUUCUUUCUGUGGCGUUCAGCUGAUUCGGAUUUUCGCGACCGCUCUGAAAGUGGACAUGUCAAACGGAUGGACAGGCGGAUCUGCUAGAUGAUGUUCCUCUCAUGCCUUGUUUGUUCAAGCAGAUACAUGAAGCGACAGAAGGAUUUGAGCCAAAGUAACAACACUCAGAAGAACAAACAAAUCACAUGAUGCCGGCAGCUACCUACGUAUAGGGUAUAUGGAUGAGAGGAGUAAGAUACAAAAAGAGAGACACCGGAGCGGCGAUUUCGUCGCAGUCUAUGUGGGCCAUGGUGACCUAGAGUCAAUAGUCGUUUCUUGGCAGGACAACUUCAUUCCAGUUUAAUCCCUGCUGGUUCUCUUUUUUUCUUCUACCUCCCUACCAGAGUGAGGCGCCAUCCUCUCUCUGUUCCUGCCAUUCACUUGGCCAAGAUAGCUAUGGCUGGAGUUAGGAAGUUGGCACGAGUAGCCAGGCACCAAGGUCUCCACCGCCUGAUCCUUGCACUCAUCCUCUUCUGUCUACUCUCCAUGGCCUACUUGGCUUAUCACGUAAGUGCUGGACCCAAGAUCAAGGAGGCCCCUGUGCCGUUACCACUGGGAGACUGUGUAGCUACGUCGUCAGUUGGUGGCGGAAAAAGGACUCCACUGUUCCUGCCAUCGCAGGUCAGUCAGCGGCGACACUCAGUGAGGACAGCAGACACCUCUCGGACGGAGCCUGUGGUGUUACUCUUUGUGGAAAGCAUCUACUCCCAACUCGGACAAGAGAUCGUUGCCAUUUUAGAGUCAAGCCGCUUUCAUUACCACACUGAAAUUGCACCGGGGAAGGGGGACAUGCCUUCUCUGGCUUGGCGAGGUCGAGGCAGAUACACUCUCAUUGUCUAUGAGAAUCUGCUCAAGUACGUCAACUUGGACUCAUGGAACCGCCAGUUACUGGACAAAUACUGCCAAGACUAUGGAGUGGGAAUCAUUGGCUUCUAUAAGGCAAAUGAAAACUCCCCAUCUAGCGCUCAGCUUAGAGGCUUCCCUCUGUUCUUGCGUUCAAACCUGCCACUUUGGGAUUACAGAGUCAACCCUGCUGCCCCCCUACUCUACAUCACCAAACCUAAUGAGCUGGAACCUGGCCCUUUACCUGCAGACAACUGGACCACCUUCCUGUCCAACCACAGUACUUAUGAGCCUGUGCUGUUAGCUAGCCCCAGACCAGCAGAACCCAAUCAGCUUCCAACACACUCACACCAACAGAGAGCACUGCUGGCCACGGUUAUGCAGGACCUAGGCCUUCGCGAUGGGAUCCAGCGGGUGUUCUUUGGAGGUAGCUUGUCUUUUUGGCUGCACAAGCUGCUGUUCGUGGAUGCCGUAGGUUAUUUAACUGGCAGAAGGCUCAGCCUCUCGUUGGACAGAUUUUUGCUUGUGGAUGUGGAUGACAUUUUUGUCGGGAAGGAGGGGACACGCAUGAAAGUGGCAGAUGUUGAGGCGCUGCUUCACACACAAAAUAAACUCCGUUCUCUGGUACCUAAUUUCACCUUCAACCUGGGAUUCUCUGGCAAGUUUUUUCAUACAGGUACAGAUGAGGAAGAUGAGGGUGAUGACACGCUGCUCAGACACCGGCAGGAGUUCUGGUGGUUCCCGCACAUGUGGAGUCACAUGCAGCCUCAUCUCUUCCACAACGUCAGCGUACUCGCAGAACAGAUGAGACUUAAUAAACAGUUUGCAUUGGAGCAUGGGAUCCCUACAGACAUGGGUUACGCUGUAGCCCCCCAUCACUCAGGUGUGUACCCUGUGCACAGUCAGCUUUAUGAGGCCUGGAAGAGCAUAUGGGGCAUAAAGGUAACCAGCACAGAAGAGUAUCCUCAUCUCAGGCCUGCACGCUACCGCAGGGGCUUCAUUCACAACAGCAUACAGGUUCUUCCCCGGCAGACCUGUGGGCUUUUCACACAUACCAUCUUCUAUAAAGAUUAUCCAGGAGGCCCUCAGGAACUAGACAAGAGCAUCCGUGGAGGAGAGCUGUUCCUUACAGUUCUGCUCAAUCCGGUUAGUAUAUUCAUGACUCACCUGUCAAAUUAUGGUAACGACCGGCUGGGCCUGUACACCUUUGAGUCACUGGUGAGGUUUGUGCAGUGCUGGACUCACCUGCGCCUGCAGACACUGCCCCCCGUCCACCUCGCUCACAAAUACUUCCAGAUUUUCCCUGAUGAGAGAGACCCCUUGUGGCAGAACCCGUGUCAUGACAAGAGACACAAAGACAUCUGGUCCAAAGAGAAGACCUGUGACAGACUGCCCAAGUUUCUUGUGAUUGGUCCUCAAAAGACUGGAACUACUGCACUGCACUCGUUUCUUGCCCUUCAUCCUGCAAUUACGAGCAGCUUCCCCAGCCCCGUCACCUUUGAGGAGGUGCAGUUCUUCAGCGGACCAAACUACCAGCAUGGCAUUGACUGGUAUAUGGAUUUUUUCCCCGUACCCUCAAAUGUGAGCACAGACUUCCUGUUUGAAAAGAGCGCAAACUACUUUGACACUGAAGUUGCCCCGAAGAGAGCAGCGGCCCUGUUACCAAGAGCCAAAAUCAUUUCUAUACUCAUCAACCCUGCUGACCGUGCGUAUUCCUGGUACCAGCAUCAGAGGGCUCAUCAGGACCCUGUGGCGCUAAACUAUACAUUUUAUGAGGUGAUCUCUUCUGGGCCUUCGUCGCCUGCAGCUCUGCUCUCUCUGCACCACCGCUGCCUGCAGCCGGGAGCCUACAGCAGCCAUCUGGAGCGCUGGUUACACCACUACCAACCCAGUCAGCUGCUGAUCGUGGACGGUGUGCAGCUGCGCUCCAGUCCUGCUCAGGUGAUGGAUGGGAUUCAGAAGUUUCUUGGAGUCACACCGUACUACAACUACACACAGGCGCUGACGUUUGAUGAGAGUAAAGGUUUCUGGUGUCAGAAACUGGAGGCAGGACGUCGCUGUCUGGGAAAGAGCAAAGGAAGGAUAUAUCCAGAAAUGAGCCUGGAGUCGAGGGUGUUUCUGUCGGAGUAUUACCGCGAGCAGAACGUGGAGUUACUCAGGAUGUUGAAACGUCUGGGUCAGCCUCUGCCCAUCUGGCUCAGAGAUGAACUGCACAACGCCAGCUGGAGCUGAUCAGAACCUGCUUAAGGAGAACCACAGCAGAACCCUGCUCCACACUGGAGAACUCCGGGCCCGCGUGCGGCAGGAGCCAAAAGAGGACUGACCCCUCUCGCCCACCGUACCCCGCACAGGCCCUGAUGGACUGUGCUGGCCGAUCAAGCCAUCAGUCAGUCUGCAUGAAGCCCUCAACCUGGUUAUGGGAACUUGUAGUGGACGUUCACAGAGUCAUGCAUAUGGAAAUGGAAGCGACCUGAUUGGACAGCUUUAAAAAGACUUCUAGAGUGGUUGGUUAUCAGCUGUGAACUGGCUGUUUUUAAAUGCAAAUAUAGUCUUCUAGGAAGAGAGGGAAUCGCACAGAACCUCUAGGAGCAUUUUGUUCAAAUACCCAUGAAAGGAAGGGACUAUGAGAGGAUUAUUUCGAUUUUAGUCUCAGAAGUCUUUAACUCUGCCAAGCAGAGAAGUAUUUAAAUGUGUCAUAAAUGUGGCUACUUUUAGCAGGUUUUCUUCUUUAUUGAAUGAACUGGGCAAACGUUAAAAUUCAAAAAUUCAUUUUUGACUAGCUACAUUAAUGUUCAAGAGUUUGGGUUUAGUUAAGAUUUUAAUGUUUUUGAAAGAAGCCUCUUAUGUUCACAAAGGCUGCAUUUAUGAGAGUAAAAAUACUGUUUUAAAAAAAUUAAUAUUACAAUUUAAAAUACCUGCUUUAUAGUUUAAAUGAUUUUUAAGUUUUUUUUUAUUUGUAUUCAUGUGAUAUCAAAGCAGUUCGACCAGUCUUCACUGUCACAUGAUCAAAUAUGCUAAUUUGUUGUUCAGGAAGCAGUUCUUCUUUUCAGUGAAUAAAAUAAAAUCCUUCUUAAAACUCAAAUCUUACUUACCCCAGACUUUUGUACACUAGUCUAUGCGAUCUGCAGAUGAUAUCUCUGUUCCAAAACCUAGCAAGGAUUUCAAGAUACCAUAGCCAUUUAGGCAGGAAAUAUAAUUAUUCCGGUUUUUAAUAUAACUUGGUUUUAUCACCAAGGAAGCACUGCAAUGUAUCAUUUAUGGAAAAGGCCAUUUCAAAAAGCAGUACAGUGAUCUCAGUGAUGUUAAUUAAAAAAUUGAUAUUUAAAAAA